UUUGAACGCAACUCUGCUGAACCGGAAGCCAAACAAGGAAUUCAGGUCCGAGGAAUGUUACGUGUCAUUUCAGAGUUUCAGUCAUUCAGAAAUCUCCUGAAGUGCUUCAGUAGUUAAACCCCUGCUGCGCCGCGCUGUUGAUGAACUCUUUCCUCCUCCGCUUCCUGCUGCUGACGGCUGAAGGAUGAAGGCUUUGAUUCUGGUUGGGGGCUACGGGACCCGGCUGCGGCCGCUCACCCUGAGCGUCCCCAAACCGCUGGUGGAGUUCUGCAACAAGCCCAUCCUGCUGCACCAGGUGGAGGCGCUGGUCAAGGCCGGGGUGAACCACGUCGUUCUGGCUGUCAGCUACAUGUCGGAGCUGCUGGAGAGGGAGAUGAGAGUCCAGGAGCAGAGACUCGGGAUCCAGAUCUCUCUGUCUCAUGAGAAGGAGCCUCUGGGAACCGCCGGGCCGCUGGCGCUGGCCCGAGAGCUGCUGAACGUCGACAACGAGCCGUUCUUCGUCCUGAACUCGGACGUUAUCUGUGAUUUCCCAUUCAAAGAUCUGCUGCAGUUCCACCGCAGCCACGGCCAGGAGGGAACCAUCGUGGUGACUCGGGUGGAGGAGCCGUCGAAGUACGGCGUCGUCGUUUACGAGUCAGAGAGCGGCAGGAUCCAGCGCUUCGUCGAGAAGCCGCAGGUCUUCGUCUCCAACAAGAUCAACGCCGGCAUGUACAUCUUCAAUCCCAGCAUGCUCAGCAGGAUACAGCUCAGACCAACGUCUAUUGAGAAGGAAAUCUUUCCUGUCAUGGCGAGAGAGGGGCAUCUGUACGCCAUGGAGCUGCAGGGGUUCUGGAUGGACAUCGGUCAGCCGAAAGACUUCCUCACAGGAAUGUGCAUGUACCUCCAUUCUCUGCGACAACACGCUCCAGAGAGGCUGCGCACCGGACCCGGUUUCCUUGGCAACGUCCUGGUGGACCCGACGGCGCAGAUCGGGGAGAACUGCACCAUCGGGCCGAACGUCACCAUCGGCGCCGGCGUGGUGGUCGAGGACGGCGUCAGGAUAAAGCGAUGCACGGUGCUGAAAGGGUCCAGGGUCCGAUCGCACUCCUGGCUGGAGAGCUGCAUCGUCGGGUGGAGCUCCUCCGUCGGCCAGUGGGUCCGCAUGGAGAACGUGACGGUGUUGGGGGAGGACGUGAUCGUAAACGACGAGCUCUACCUGAACGGCGCCAACGUCCUGCCUCAUAAAUCCAUCAACGAGUCGGUCCCAGAGCCGCGGAUCAUCAUGUAGCGCCACCCGGAGGCGGGCGGGAGGAUAACACCUCGGCUAACUCUACUAACUGAACGCCCACGUUGCCUCGGACGAACCAACAAGUGGAAGACGAACAACCAAGUUUAUUUUUUUGUUUUAUUUACAUUUAAUUUGGACUCGUUUUAGCCCUGCAUGGCUGCAGCUUCCUCUAGAAGGCAGGAAGUUCUUCAACGGGACGGACGUCUGCGUCCCGCUUGGAGGAAAACCGGUUUGGGUUUGUGCAUUUGGUAGUAGGGUAGAGAUGAUGAUGAUGGGUUUAUGGGUGAACAUUGCUACUUACACGUCAUGCGUUCGUACUCUGUGCAGCCUCUGAAGGAUCAGCUCACUGCUGAAAUCAUGAGAAAGUUUAAAAACUCAUCAAAAUGUGAAUUUGUUAUUUUUCUGUCAGCCGGAUGAAUGUAAAGAAGCAGAAAAUCUCACAUCAGAACUCUGGGACCAACAUCAUGAUCCUUCAUGUAGAUUAAAACUUAUUGUUACUCAACAGAUUUUCUCUCUUUUGCUUCAGAAACGAAGCAGUUACUGACAGGAGGGAGCAGAUUUUCAGCAACAGUCGGUUUGUGGCGUCUGGACUUCCUGGAAACUAUCAUGUUAACGUUUCACUUCCCUGAAGGCGGAAAAAUCUGAUUUAUUUCAAGAAAAAACCUUCACUCUGUGUAAAAUGUUAAAUUAACGCUCAGUAGUUCCUUAAUUAGGUCAAAUCAUUGCUUUUCAGCAUCGCCUGCUAUACAGAGUUAGUUUGUGUACAAUUAAAAAAACUGAUGUUUGGCUUUUUAAAGAAAAAAGAUGAUUCAUGAUGUGAUAUUUUGUAAAUUAUAGGUGCAAAACGUGACGUAUUAAUGUGGAUUUAACUGUAUUACAGAUGGCAGGUCUGUUUGGCACAUUUCAGUUUCAUGAAAUUCAGGAACAAAAAAUGAGUCCAAUCAAACUUUGAAAAAAAUAUUUAUUUUAAAAGCUUUUUAAUUUCGAGAAAUAUAUUUUUAAAACAAAUUUAUUUACAAAUAUUCCAACAAAUUAACUAAAUACAGUUUUUUUUAAAUUAUGAAUUUACCUUGAAACUUGCUGUUAAUCACCUCCAUUAUCUUGAUUUUCUUUUUCCUUUUUUGCGUCUCUCUUUAUUAUUCUGUUAAUCCAAUUCAUUAUUUUUUUUAAUUAACAUUUUUUUUAAAUUUCUCUCCAUCAGAACGAGUUUCAUUAGGAAAGAAAAUCGGUUUUGGAAUCUGUAUCUGAUUUUUAAAAAUUAAAUACAUGAAAUAUGCCAAACUGACCGCUUUAGAUAAAAACACAAAUUAUAAAACUCAUGUGGCGUUUCUAAGAAUAACUCUGAGCUUCAUGUGAAAAAUGCAGAAAUGUUGGGAAAUUUCCUCUCAGUUGGAUUUUUUU